UGAACCCGGACAUACUUCAUUGAUUUUUUUUCCAAAUUCCCAUAAAUAGUCCCCCCCAACUUUAUUUCAAAGUUUACCCCUUCAAUACGUCUUACCAUUAGAAAUGAGUAAUUUCGUCGCCGCAAUUGAUCAAGGGACUAGCUCAUCACGAUUGAUGGUAUUUGAGGCCAAUACAGGUAAAUUGAUAACCUUUCAUCAAGUCGAAAUUCCACGCUGUGCUCCAAACCAAGGAUGGGUAGAGCAAGAUGCAAAUAUUCUUCUCUCUUCUAUCUUAACCUGUAUUGACGAGUGUGUCCAAAAUUUGGAAGACAUGGACCUAUCCCCCUCGCAAAUAAAAGCUGUAGGGAUAACAAAUCAAAGAGAAACUGUUAUCGCAUGGGACAAGUUUUCAGGGAAGCCGUUGUACAAUGCGAUUGUCUGGAUGGAUACCCGAACCGUAUCCACCGUGCAGGAAAUUCUAUCCACGAAGAAACAAGAAACUGAAGAAAUCCGUCGUAUCUCUGGCCUUCCAAUGAGCACUUAUUUCAGUGCCACAAAAAUAAAGUGGCUCAUUGACAAUGUCCCCGAAGUAAAAGUAGCCGUGGAUCAAUGUCGGUGCCUUUUUGGCACAGUCGAUGCCUGGCUCACUUGGAAUCUGACAGGAGGAGCUAACGGCGGAUUGCACGUAACCGACGUUACUAACGCUUCCAGAACCAUGCUCAUGAAUUUGGAGACGCUACAGUGGGAUCCCUACUUGUGCAAGUUUUUUGGGAUUGAUGUCAAACUCCUGCCUGAAAUACGGUCUUCAUCCGAAAUUUAUGGGCAUUUCGUAUCCACUAAACUAGGCGGUGUUCCAAUUUCAGGAAUUUUGGGCGAUCAACAAGCCGCUCUUGUCGGCCAGCUAUGUUUUAAACCAGGCCAAGCUAAAUGUACGUAUGGAACAGCGGGCGUUCUCCUGUUCAAUACUGGAUCAACGAUCGUGCACUCCACCCAAGGUCUGCUCACCACUGUUGGGUACAAGUUAGGUCCCGACCAUCCCGUCGUGUACGCUUUGGAAGGAUCCAUCGCCAUUGCUGGGGCGUGCAUUCGAUGGCUCAGAGACAAUCUAGAUUUCGGUGGAAGUUACGAAGAAAUCGUAAAAUUAUCCGAAAGUGUUGAGGAGACUGGAGGAGUAUUUUUUGUUCCCGCGUUUUCCGGAUUGUUUGCCCCUUAUUGGAGAUCUGACGCGAGAGGCCUUAUCUGCGGUCUUACUGAAUUCUCUACGAAAUCCCACAUCACUCGAGCAGCCUAUGAAGGGGUCGCGUUUCAAGUGAAGGAAAUCUUAUCAGCCAUCAAUUCUGAAGUUGGUGUCGUUCCAAUCUCCUCGCUCCGAGUGGACGGCGGAAUGACAGUCGUCGCCCACUUGAUGCAACUCCAAGCCGAUUUCUUGGGGAUUGAAGUACUCCGAUCGGAAAUGGGGGAAAUGUCUGCCUUGGGGGCGGCAAUGGCUGCCGGAAACGCGGAAGGUGUCCAAGUUUGGGACAUUUUUACAAAAUCCGAUUCCAUACCUGGGGAUGCUUUUCAUCCCAAACUUACAAACCAAGAACGGGAGGAACGAUAUGUCAAAUGGAAAAAUGCAGUUGUUAGAACUUUGUAAAGUCAGAUAUAAGGACAAGAACUUUCGUCAGCACCUUGUUACACUAUGGAUCAUCUCCAUUAAAAACGCGUGAUUUUAUUAUAUAUGUAUACUACUUAUUUUAUUGAAUUUCCUAUCAAUGAGCCUGGUGCGUGUCAACGGUCCAAAGUUUUCAAAACGUUUUUAGUUUUGAAAACAGGUGACAAAUUGCAAGAACUAAAGAUUAAUAAGAAUUACAGCGCCAAAUAAUCUUGUAGAAAAAAAUUAAGCGUAAUAGAUGUACCAUAAUUCAAAAUACUUAUGUAGAUAUUUAAUAGGGGGCCGUCCAUAAAUUACGUAACGCAAGAGGGGGGGAGGAGGGGUCAUGGGAAGAGCGUUACGAAUUGUUAUGUAGGGGGAGGGGGGUAUAACAAAUUUGUUACGUAACGCAUUUCAUAAACGCGAUUAAAAAUCGAAUUGAACUCAUGUCAUCCAGAAGGUUUCAGUGUACGCAUGUAAGUACGUUUUUCAUUAUGGUGCUCACAUUAAAAGAAGAGCAAAAUUCUUGCCUACUUGUGAACCAUCAUUCCUCCACAGUGACCUCGGAGGGCGAUGGUGUGACGUAAGUUUCACGAUUAAUUGAGCCUUACCUUUAAGAUGAGAAUUUGAUCGAAUUUGCCGAUCACCUGAGCCCCAACGAGGUCACUUAGGAGGCAUGAUGGUUGUCAAGAAUUGUACUCAUCUAUUAAUGGUCGUACGAUAGUUUUCCGGAUGCAACUUGACAAAAGGUUCCAUUGUGAGUCUUGGUAAACGUUGAGAGACCUGUAAGAUUUACAAUUUCCAUUUCUUAUAUGAUGAUGUCGAAUAUGAUUUCGUUGUUCUUGAACAAGAAAUUCACAAAAUUCUAAUUUAUCUAGCAAUUUAAAAGAAAUUGAAGCAAUAAAAGCGACAUUUGUCUACACAACCUGGAACAAAUGAAAAUUUUGCAAGUUACUGUUAAAGAAAUUACCUGCGGUGAAAUCAAAUUUACGUUACGUUACGAAGGGGGAGGGGGGUAGUCGAGAAGCGUUACGAUGCCGUUACGAGGGGGGAGGGGGGGUCUAAAAAAUGAUGAUUUUUGCGUUACGUAAUUUAUGGAUGGCCCCUAGGGAAAUAAUCGCGAUGGUGUGAUAUCCUUAAUUAUGGUAUGUGCCCGUAAGUAAGCUACAGUUACCUUUGACCUUGUGUUAUACAUAAUCCUAUAAAAAUAAAAGUUAUGUAUACAUAUACUAAA